AUAGAUAUGAGAAGUGGUAGAAUGCGUUUGGAAGUGAAAAUUUUGAAGGGGGGAAUGGGUGAAUUUGGAGGGUGGAGGAUACUGGCAUCGGCAGCAACUACGGAUGUGAGUUGUGACUCUGCAGUUACCACUCCUCAGCAUUCCCUUAGAGAUACUAACAACCCUGCUGGACUCCUCUCCAUUGCAGAGGAGACCUUGGCAGAGUUCCUUUCAAAGGCUACAGGAACUGCUGUCGAUUGGGUCCAGAUGCCUGGGAUGAAGCCUGGUCCGGAUUCGGUUGGGAUCUUUGCUAUCUCACAAAGUUGCAGUGGAGUGGCAGCUAGAGCCUGCGGUCUAGUAAGUUUAGAGCCCACAAAGAUUGCAGAGAUCCUUAAAGAUCGUCCAUCUUGGUUCCGGGAUUGUCGGAGCCUUGAAGUUUUCACUAUGUUUCCUGCUGGAAAUGGAGGAACAAUUGAACUUAUCUACACACAGACAUAUGCUCCAACAACAUUAGCUCCUGCACGAGAUUUCUGGACUUUAAGAUACACUACUAGCUUAGAAAAUGGCAGUCUUGUGAUUUGUGAGAGAUCUCUGUCUGGUUCUGGUGCUGGCCCUAAUGCAGCUGCUGCUGCUCAGUUUGUUAGAGCUGAAAUGCUUCCUGGUGGAUAUUUGAUUCGGCCAUGCGAUGGGGGAGGGUCAAUCAUCCAUAUUGUUGAUCAUCUGAACCUUGAGGCAUGGAGUGUGCCAGAGGUUCUACGACCGCUUUACGAGUCAUCUAAAGUGGUGGCGCAAAAAUUGACUAUUGCGGCACUACGCUAUAUCAGGCAAAUAGCACAAGAGACAAGCGGUGAGGUGGUAUACAGUUUGGGAAGGCAGCCUGCUGUUCUACGAACGUUUAGUCAACGACUGAUAAGAGGAUUCAAUGAUGCUGUUAAUGGAUUCAAUGAUGAUGGGUGGUCAAUAUUGAACGUUGAUGGUGCUGAAGAUGUUACAAUUGCAGUCAAUUCAGCCAAAAAUUUGAGCACCAUAUCCAAUCCUCCUAACUCCCUCGCAUUCCUUGGUGGAGUUCUUUGUGCAAAGGCUUCUAUGUUACUCCAAAAUGUACCUCCUGCAGUCCUUGUUCGCUUUUUAAGGGAGCAUCGCUCCGAGUGGGCUGACUUUAAUGUUGAUGGCUACACUGCCUCGGCAUUGAAAGCAGGCUCUUAUGCUUUUCCAGGAAUGAGGCUCACAAGGUUUACCGGAAGCCAAAUCAUCAUGCCCCUUGGCCAUACGAUUGAGCAUGAAGAGUUGCUUGAAGUUGUUCGACUUGAAGGGCAUUCUCUUGCUCAAGAAGAUGCUUUCCUAUCGAGAGACAUUCAUCUGUUGCAGAUUUGCAGUGGAGUUGAUGACAAUGCAGUAGGUGCCUGUUCAGAACUUGUUUUUGCGCCAAUUGACGAGAUGUUCCCUGAUGAUGCACCGUUGCUACCUUCUGGUUUCCGCAUCAUCCCAUUGGAAUCAAAAACAUCUGAUGCAAAGGACGCAUUAACUACACAUCGAACCUUGGAUCUUACAUCCAGUCUCGAAGUAGGCUCCACAACAAGCCUUGCCGCAGGAGAUUUGUCACCGUGUAACAACGCACGGUCACUGUUGACUAUUGCCUUCCAGUUUCCUUUUGAGAGCAGUCUACAGGAUAAUGUUGCAACUAUGGCACGUCAGUACGUCCGUAGUGUCAUUUCCUCGGUGCAGAGAGUUGCAAUGGCCAUAUCUCCAUCUGGAUUUAGUCCUAGUAUCGGACCAAAGCUUUCCCAAGGCUCUCCAGAAGCUCUUACACUAGCAAACUGGAUCUGUCAAAGCUAUAGUUACUACAUGGGGUCAGAAUUGGUGAGUUCUGAUUCCUUGGGCGGUGACACGGUGUUAAAGCAUCUAUGGCACCAUCAAGAUGCCAUUUUGUGUUGUUCAUUGAAGUCGCUGCCAGUUUUCAUCUUCGCAAACCAGGCAGGGCUUGACAUGCUGGAGACAACAUUAGUGGCUCUUCAAGACAUAACAUUGGAUAAGAUAUUCGACGAGACUGGUCGAAAGGCAUUGUGUACCGACUUUGCCAAAUUGAUGCAGGAGGGAUUGGCUUACUUGCCGGCUGGGAUCUGCAUGUCCACAAUGGGACGCCAUGUUUCAUACGAGCAAGCUGUUGCAUGGAAAGUACAUGCAUCAGAAGACAACAAUGUUCACUGUCUUGCUUUCUCUUUCGUAAACUGGUCUUUUGUGUGAUGACGCGUAUUUGUUUAUUCCAUCCAAAAGCUCUCCCACUUAGAACAUGUAAAACCAAAAGGGUAGAAAAGGGAGAAGUUUGGAACAGAAGGAAAAGGAAAAAAAAAAAAAAAAAAAAAAAAAACCAAGUUUUGUAAUUUCUCUGAACCCCCAGCUCCCAGGUUUGCAAUUAUAUUAAUUUAAUUAAAUCUUUUACUUUAAAGCACCAAAA